CACACACAUAUAUUCCUCGAUCACCCUAAAAACAAGAACAAUACAGAUCGAGCUACAAGGUAGCUAGGAAUAUUGAUCGACGUCGAUCAUGGAAAACAGAGAAGCAGUGAGGGAAUUACGAGAGGUGUUCGACAGACUGGACAAGAGCAGCUCAAGCAGCUCCAAGUCGUCGACGUCAAUGAAGUCGUGGUCGUUAAAGAAGGUGAUCAGCAAGGAGCUGUGGCCGAGGAAAUUCUCAUCGGUGUUCCGGUGGAAGCGAGUCGACUUGCGGCUGACCAUCAUAGACGACAUCAUCUUCAAGAUACUCUCCGUCGUGGAGGCCGUCGUUCUUGUUUCUACUCUAUGCUUCUUCUUCCUCUGCUGCGGUUGCCACAUCUGAUGCCAGCUAUUUAAUUUCAUUCUUUUCAUUCUUUUAGUUCCUUAAUUAAUUACUUCUUCUUACUUAGUUGAUUACUUGUUCUGCUGCAUAUGAUAUUUAGGCCGUUCUGGUAUUAUCCUUGUGUUUUUUUUUAUGAUGUACGUACGUUUUUGCUUUUGUUGCCAUAAUUGGGCAUAUGAAGCUUGUAAUGUUACAAUUAAAGACUCCACGCUCUAUUCUCAA